CUGACCCAGAAUUAUUUCCCACCUGCAAAGUGAAGGAUGUUGAAACUUGCAUUCAGGGCACAUUAAAGUUCACUUCACUUCACUAUACUUAUUUUAAAAGCUGGGAGCAUUCUAAAACCAUUGUACAUUGUAUUGUCAGUGCAGCAGUAUAAACACAAUCUCGAUCUCUACAAAACCCUCUAUAGAAGAGAACCAAUGCAACAGUUUCUUAUUGAUGCUUGUUAAUGUGAGUAAAUAUAUAUUUUUUUUCAAAUUAUUUUUUUAACUACCAACUUUUUCCAUCAUAUAAUUAUUUACCAUGAAAUAUUCACACGGUAUAAAUGUAGGUUUGGGUAUGAUAGUGAGCUGCGGCAAGCUAGUUCUUCUAGCUAAUCUGAGUGAAGCAGCUGUGGUUGUGGGAACUGCUCGAUCACACGCCUGCUGUAGGAACUCGCAAGGCAGAAGUGAGAGUGUAAUAAGCAGAAAGCCUUCACAGCAACAUCAUGCAGGUCAUGACAUUUGGUCUAGUGGUGGUGGUUCUUCUGCAGUUUGUGGUGCAGCCAUGUGUAGCAGAACUAGUUUGCCAACCGAAGGGUUCAUGUGCUGAAUGUCUAAGGAGUCCAGGAUGUGCCUGGUGUAAACAGCAGGGUUUCCUGAAGCCAGGAGAGUCAAAUGAGCGCAGAUGUGAUUUGUUAAAUUCACUGAAGACCAGGGAGUGUGAGGAAAUCAUUGGUCAGCUUGGAGAAACGUCCAGAUUGAAAGACAGCGACCUCAACAGCGACCCCGACAAUGUUGUCCAACUCAAACCACAGAGCCUUCACGUUAAGCUUCAGCUUGGUGUGCCACAAGAAUUUAAGGUAGAAUUCAGGAGGGCUGAAGGUUACCCCAUAGACCUGUACUAUCUGAUGGAUCUGAGCUACUCCAUGAAGGAUGAUCUAGAGAAGAUUAAGAACCUGGGUCAGAAUAUUUUAAACAAGCUGCAGGAGGUAACCAAGUCUGUCCGAAUUGGUUUUGGCUCAUUCGUGGACAAGGAGAAGUUGCCGUAUGUUAGCCAGGUAAAGUCCAGGCGUGAGAAACCCUGCCCCAUCCGCAUGGACAACUGCCAGCCUGCCUUCACCUUCCAGAAUGUUCUCCCACUGACAUACUCAGCCAGAGAGUUCAAGAAUGAAGUCAGUAAGCAGAGCAUCUCUGGUAACCUGGACUCACCUGAAGCUGGACUGGAUGCCAUCAUGCAGGCUGCUGUGUGUCAGAAAGAGAUCAAUUGGAAAAAUGUGACACGGAUCCUGGUCUACACAUCUGAUGACACCUUCCACAUGGCCGGAGAUGGACGGCUUUCUGGCAUCUUUAGGCCACAUGAUGGGCAGUGUCACCUUAGCAGUGAUGGUUUUUAUGAUGGCAAAACUUUUGAUUAUCCAUCGAUAGGCCAUCUCUCUAGGGUUCUUCAGGCUAACAACAUUCAGCUGAUAUUUGCAGUGACUGAGAAGAGCGUUCCAGCCUAUAAGGCCCUGAGUUCAUUGAUUCCUCAGUCGGUGGUUGGUGUGCUGGAGGAUGACUCCAGUAAUGUGGUCCAGCUCAUCUCUGAAGCGUAUGGGAACCUGUCAUCCACUCUGCUGCUGGAGCAGGACCAAACCCCUACAGGUCUACAAGUGUCCUACAAGUCCCACUGCAAAACCGGAGAACCCAGUGAGUGGCAGAGCAGGGGAGAGUGUACCGGCAUCAAGGUCAACGAAAAGGUGGAGUUUACAAUUCGCCUAAAUGCAUCAGAAUGUCUGAAUGGGCCUCAGGAAGUGCUCAUUCGAAUGCAGGGCAUCAGUGAGGUCCUGAAAGUGAAAGUAGAGACACUGUGUGAUUGCAAUUGUGACACAGAGGAGAAUUCAACGCACUGUAAUGGAAAAGGAACACACAUCUGUGGAGUCUGCAGCUGUAAUGAAGGAUUCCUGGGUCAGCACUGUGAGUGUGAACAUAAUCUUGAUAUGACAUCCACUGAAGUAAUGCUGAAGAACUGCCGCCAGAACAAUGUCUCGCAGGUGUGCAGUGGGCAUGGCUACUGUGAAUGUGGCAAGUGUACUUGCCGUGGGCCUUUUGAUGGCAGUUUCUGCGAGUGUGAUUCUACCAGCUGUGAACGCCAUGACGGCAAAAUCUGCAACGAGAAAGGUAAAUGUAUCUGUGGUACCUGUGAUUGCACUGAGUCAGGUUACGAGGGCCGUGCAUGUGGCUGCUCAACAGACAAAAAAAUGUGUCAGAAUGAGCACGGACUAUUGUGUAGCGGCCAUGGGAAGUGUAGGUGUAACCAGUGUGAGUGUAAUCCUGGUUUUGUGGGACAGCAUUGCUCCGAUCUUGUCUCUCCAUGCCAAACAUAUGUAAAAUGUGUGGAUUGUACAGUCCAGAGUGAGCUUUAUAGUCGCUCGUCUAACUGCUCUGUGGCUUGUGAGGCAGUUCAGAUGGUCCACCUGAAGGACAAUCAUGAGCUGCCAUGUGUGCAUAAGGAUGUCAUUUAUGACGUGACGCUGAACAAUGACGGCACAGUGAAGAUCCAGUACGCUAAUCUGCCAGGCACGGUUGAUAAAACCAAGAUAAUCAUUGGCACGUCAGUAUCAGCCAUUGUUUUUAUUGGCAUUGCAAUUAUCAUCAUCUACAAAGUCCUGCUGGAGCUUUAUGAUCUGAGGGAAUACCGCAGCUUCAUCAAGGCUCAGCAGCAAACUGAUUGGAAAGAGACUAAUAAUCCACUGUUCCAAGGAGCCACAACAACAGUGCUCAACCCUCUGCAUUCACAGGACAGCUAAAGCAUCACGACUGUAAGGAAGGAACUGGAGAGUGUGUCAAUGUGAUUAAUAUGUCUGUGUAUUCUAUUCUGAUUGUAUCAUUUUUGCAGUGUUUUGUAAUACACCAAUACUUUAUACAGGCUUUACAGAGUAACAUAUAGGCUGCAUAUUUCCAUAACCAGUAACAUAAAUUAUUAUACAUACAGAUGUAUUUGUCAUUCUGAUUGAAAGCGCAUUUAAGAUGUACAUGCAAGUUUAAUGUUAAUCAGUUUUUUUAUUUUUACAUGUUUUUUGCAGCAUGCAAAAUGAUAAGCAGCUUUAAGUGUGAGCUCUAAAAUCAUUUCAUAUUCUAUAUAUUAUUUUUAUUAUUAUCGAGGCACUGAAUGAUGUUACCUGUAAUGUGAGAGUAAGUCACAGAGGUACAAGUCUCGAGUUUGGAUGUUGUGCUUGUUGUGUCACUGAUUUUUCCUCAAUCUAUAUUUUUUAAUAGCCCCUUUCAUAAUUAGUCAUAAUUAUAUUGCACUCUGCUGGUCUGCCGUGUCCUGGUAGGUUGCCAGGUUCACACAUUGGAACAGAAAUCAACCAAUAAUGCUUCAAAAACAAAAUGAAGUUCUUAAUGUUUAAAUCAGGCUUUUAUCAGUUUUACUCAAACAAAUCACAAGUUCAGAUUGCUUGUGCCUAAUCAUGUGACUGGGUUUCCCCACCUCUUGUGACUGAAACGUAUAUCGCAGCUAUCCAAUGAAAAACAAGUAUCUUUAUUUUUGUUGAUUUUUUUAGUUUUCUACAUCAUUUGAACAAACACACUAUUCUUUACACUUGAUGGAUUAAUAGAAAUGAUCCAAACUUAAAUUUAAAUAAUCCCCUUUAACACUGACUUAUAUUAAAGGUUAAGUGACUGUGUUUCUAA